AUGGCGGCUGCCGCAGGACGGUUUUUUCGUGCGAAAUUAUCGCGUUUAUCUUUCAGUUACCUUCAGAAAAGCAGACCAUUUAUCACGACAGUAUUCAGGUUAACUUCAAAAAAUGCUUCAAGAUGGCGGAGGUUCUAUUUACCGCCAAGAAAGAGCUUACAUUGGGGAUUUGCUGUGGGUACUACAGGGGUACUAUGCGGGGGUGUCGCAUUUUGUGCUGCAAGCUCAGGUGAUUUAAUAGAUCUAAAUAAGUCUAAUUCAUCUGAGAUUAUGAGAUCAUAUUCUUCCCCCGCCAGUCUUUUUGUUCUUUUGAAGAGAAAAGGAGAAAAUUAAAUACAGUAGUAUAGUAUUUCAGGCUAGAGGCGAUGACAUCAGCUUAUUUAGUAAAAUCCAACUCUCCAACUCUCUCCAAACCAAUGCUGCGUUCUGAUCGGUUGAGCUACUACUAGGCUAUUUGUUAUAGCCCACUAGUAGCGAAAAGCGCCAGCUUUGAAAACCAAAACAAUGGCGGCUGAAUCGCGUUUUGAUAGCUUAAGUUGUUUUGUCUCAAUAUUUUUGACCAACUAGUUGUAUUUUACUUAAACAAUUAUUCCUCUAGCCGUCAUGGCCUCUGAGUCAAUAGCCCAUCUGGCCUUCGGCCUCAUGGGCUAUUGACAUAGAGCCCAUUCGGGCUCGACGAAUAAUUGUUAAAUAACUGGGGGGAGUGGGGGUCACUCCAUUAUAAAAGUAAGGGGGAUGCUCAUCAUCUCGCUUAGGGGUGUGAAUUGCUGAUUUCAGUCUCACUUAAGGUGUUCUGGAUGGAAAGUUACUAUAUUUGCCCAUUCAGGUAUCGCUUAAGUCUGUGCAUAAAGAAAGUGACAAAAAAUGCCAUGUAUUAGUAUGGUCUCCUUUAGGGGUCAGUUUAAGCUUGAACCUGACCCACAUUAGUAUCAAGGAUUGUCAAUGCUGUUAGCUCCCCAGAAAUGUCUUUUCAAGGCCCCCUCAUCAGGAGCUGCAGGGGAUAUGUGUGUUGAUAUUAAAUUAAUGGAAUGCCCUUAGAAAUAAAAAAUUUUCAAGCCUUUUUAUCCCCCCUCCCUUGGCAUUUUGGCAUUAGAUACCAAGACGUGUGCUUCCAAGUCUGUGCAUUUUUCGUCAGCUAAUGUCCAGUCAUUGCCAUUGUGGUCUAAAGUUUUUUUUUUAUUAUUGUCAUUUUAUUGAUUUUCUUUAUAACAGGUAUAGUUGAAAGGAUGUGCAGAACAGCCAAGCAUAAUGACAGUACAGAACUUCAAAGGUAUUCACCAUUUUUUCUUGAAUUUAGACACCCAGUCUGUUUGAUGCUAUUAUGACUGUUAUCGUCGUUACGUAUGGGACCCAUGCUUCUGACUCUAUUGUUUCUCUGUUGCAUUUUAGACUGAUCAGCCAAGGUCAUGAUGUGAACCAGAGACAUCCUCUGGGAUGGACUCCACUUCAUGUAGCUGCCAUGAACAGGAGUAAGCGGUAGGUCGUGCAACAACCUCCAGGGUUGUUACUAAGAUUUCAAGUUACCGGGUAAAUACAACAAGUAGGCAGGGAGUCAAACGGCUAGGGAUUUCUUUUGGUUCUAUUUUUCUUCUAUUUUGCAAUAAAAGUAGCUGGGGAAAAUCCCCGGCCCCUGGGUCUUAAUGACAACCCUGAACCUCCCAUCUAUAAAUCUUUGAAUAAUAACCAUCUCAAGAGAUUUUUAUGCAGUAAAAACAUGCUUCCAUUUUUUACGUCCUAGCGUAUUUACAAUGUGGUUGAUGUCCAGCCAACAGAUCGUGUGUAUACAAGCCAUGGCAGCUGUCUCUGAUCUGUGAUUACUUUCCGUUACAUUUAAAGGUGUCUAGCAUUGCUUAUAGAAGCUGGAGCUGAUGUCAAUGCAAGAGAGGAAUUUAGUACAGCUUUCAAGACAGCUCAGAAGAAACACAUGAGAUCUUUUGAUGGUUUGUCUUUCCUGUAUUCUAAAAGUAAAAAUCAGUCAGACAGAUAGUCUAAAAAUAAUGUUAGCUACCUGUUUGAAACACCCCACCCCACCGCCCAAUGGGCAGCCUGCCAGUCAUGAAUGUCAGCCUUUAAUAGAACAGUAUCUGCUUUGUGAUAAGCUAACUGUGCAUUGUCAGAUAAGUAGAUGUUGAAAAGGAAGAAAAAUCUAAGAGAAAAUAUGUCGUUGUUCAGAUUUCUAUCACUCAAUUUUUUGUUUAAUGAUUUAUGUGCGCAGUGAUAUUCAUACGAGACGAUGACUUCAGUGAGAGGCUCCACCGGAGUGCAAACUUCAGUGGAUUCACCCCACUUCAUUAUGCGGCUCUUGCUGACAGCCUUGAAUGUGUUCAUCUGCUUGUUGAUGCAGGUAAUAUAAGUUUGUAAAAAGUCAGGGGCACCCAAUGACGGUUUCCUCCUAAAUACAUUGAAAACUCUUUUUAGGCUAUCCAGAGUACUUUUAGAUCUCUAGAAAUGCAUUCUAAGCAGCACUAUAAAAUUUGUAUCUGUUCAGUCAUCCUAGGGGAACUCAAGUCUUUUUGAAAUUACAAGCGCUUCAGAAUUAUUUUCCCGAAAAUUUUAGAUGCAAUUUAAUGUUUUAUGAAAAUGAAAUUUUUCUUAUUCCUCCCUCCAUCACAUUUCUGAAUCUCAAAGUUUUAGGUUUUCUUUUUCUACAAAAAUUAGCCCAACAUAGGGAGUAAAAUGUGAGAAUUAAACUUCAGAAAAUCAUAGGGAAUGUAUUAGAUAAGCUUCAAAAGUUGUACCUAAAAGGAAGACUCAUCUAGAAAUUUUCAGUCAUUCUCAAGAAAAAGAAAAUUUUAGGCUACAUUUACUUCUCUGAACAGUUAAUUCAGAAAAAACAGUCUUUGGGUGCCCCUGAAAAGUAGCGUUAUUUGUUUUAAAAGUUAGUCAUGCUGGACCACGGCUGAUGUCACUUGGUUUAUGUUGCUUGAAAAAGGUGUGGUUUGUCAGAUAGGUUAAAGAUACUGGAGAGAUUUAGCCUGAUUGCAUUUAAGAAAAACAGGCAGCUGAAAAAUUUCAAAAUCAACAACAAAAUAACAAUGAUAAUAACAACGUCCCCGACUAGGUUGUGACUUUCUACUAAACCCCGUAUGUCGAUACCUUAUACGUCCUUCACUUUUUUAGUUUCUUAAGAACUCGUUAUUUUAGGAAUUGGUAUGAAUGGUUUUAUGUCAUAUUUUAUUUACUAGUUUCUGAGCAAAACAGGAGAAACUGCAUGCCAAAAGGUAUCAUUCCCAUUGAUAGAUCAGAUCAUCAGUUCAUCAAUUUUAUUUUCUAUGUUGCAACUGAGUCUGGAUGUUUAGCAGCCUUGGUUUUCUUAUCUGUUGCCUUUUGCUAGUUGCAUGCAUCACCACAUUGUACUACAUCUCUACAGUUUGAACAUGCAACACAAGUAUGCAGCCUAGUACUACCACUUCUUUUCCUUAACAUUUUAAACCACAUUUGACUGUUUUGUGUAGUAUACCAAAGAGAAAGAGAAAAAGGAAGCAGAAGAGAGGCGGCGCUAUCCUCUGGAGAUGAGACUUAGAGAAAACAUAGUGGGACAAGAGGGAGCCAUACUUUCAGUUGCUGCAAGUAAGUGUUUGUAGCUUAAUAAAUAUUAUGACACUAAACAAUAUUAAUAUUAGUUUAGUUAGAACUAAAUGUAAUCAAAUUAACUGCUUAUUUGUAGCUCUCCAAUAUAAGCAACCCUUUCUUGGUAAGAAGAAAUUUCAUUCUAUAAAAAAAUGAUCUCUUUCAGCAAUACGCAGGAGAGAAAAUGGCUGGUAUGAUGAGGAGCAUCCCCUUGUGUUUCUAUUUCUUGGUUCCUCCGGAAUCGGUAAGUAUCAAAAACUCAAGCUGUAGUUACAAUGCCAAAUGCAUUGUUAAACACCUCAAUAAUAGCUCAUUUAACCACCAUUCACCAUCUUUCCACUUUGAACUUGCUUGCUUGAUUUAUUUUUCUUGUAGGAAAAACAGAACUAGCAAAACAGGUUGCCAGAUACCUACACAAAGACAACAAGAAGGUACAUCAAGCAAUAAUUGGCUAGAUUUUAUCAGUAUUCAGAUAAAACUGAUUAUUGAAGACCAACAGUCAAAUCUUUUUUAACAGACACCUCUAGGAAACAGAAACCUCCCUCAGCACAUCAACAGACAUCAGUUUUGUUAAUUUAAUCUUUGCUGUUCUUCAGUUAUGUUCCUCACUCAAAUUAAGUGCUUUUUUCAAAAACAUGCGAGUUCUAAAGUUCAAAAGCCAACUGACGUUUGUGUUCUUCACUGCCAUCAGUCAUCUUUAGCAGACCUCUUAGGAAACAGAAGUUAACUUCAACAGGUUUAAAAGUUCAAGGAUUGUGAUAAUUUUGUUAUUGGUGCAUUUUGAUCUGUUUUGUGUGUUUCUGUGGUUCCAGGUUUGUUGCUUGUGAUCGUAAUAGUUUAUUAUGAUUGACGGCUUCAAAAAGAGAGUUCAUGUGUUUUUGAAAAGCACAGUAACCCUUUAUAGGGUGCCACUUAGGUGGACACUUUGUGCCAAAAAAAUGCCAGUGUGUCUGUCCUUUUGCACUAAAGGAGAUUGUAGCAGAUUUGUGACAAAUCCAGAACAUUUUGAUAUCGGAUUCACUUUGCCAUUUACACACAGAUUGUGAACCUGAAAAAAAAGUCUCAGGUUGGUCAGGUGUCGGGAGUUUUUAAAUUUGGAAUCUGAAGUGAAUUUUUUAUUUUCAAAUGAAUGUUCUUUUCAUGAUUCAAUUAUGUAUAAUAAUCUUAUUAUAUAGUUAUUUUUUAUCAUUUCAGGGUUUCAUAAGACUGGACAUGUCUGAAUACCAAGAAAAACAUGAGGUAUGUAUAACUCAAGUUCAGCUUUAUUUGGAACUUUAACAAAUAAAGGCGGCCAAUUUAAGUCUGUCAUUGUCUGAUGACCGACUGUUAUUUUCCGCUCAAGACAUGUCAAACAUGUUGAGUUGUUGACAGUGGCACAAUGUAGAAGCCAGUUUUAAAAUGUAGCUUUGUUCUUAGGUGGCAAAGAUGAUUGGUGCACCCCCAGGGUACAUAGGUCAUGAUCAAGGAGGACAACUAACUAAGAAACUCAAAGAAUGUCCUAAUGCUGUGGUGCUGUUUGAUGAGGUCAGGAGAAUUUUCAAUUGAACGUCCAGGCACGUUCACCUAAAUUUUGCUUUUGCAUUGCCACUUCUUGUCAAUAAUAGGGACCUUACAAUUCGACAGCAGAGACGUCAUUGAUGACGUCACUGAAAAACCAACUUCAAGUCAUUUUGAACUUCAUUAUUUCCACUCGUUCAGUCUUUUUAAUUUGGGAAAUUAAGCUGGAGCUGAAGAAAGAGAGCACCAGACACAAACUCAGAUAGACAGAGUUUAAUAUCACCUUUCCGUUCACUCUUGAGAACUAAAAAACUGGUCAUUUCAUAUCGUACACAUGUAGUUUGCAGGGACUUAAUUUACAGAAAAGCUUGAUGCACAUGCUGAGCUGUUUCUUUGCUCAUUAAAAUCUGUUACAUUUUUUACGUUCCCCUUGUCGUUGCUGUCAGAGGACGAGUUAGGGGAACCAUUAGGGUAAGCCUAACUUAAAUAUUUCCCAUGCUUUUAUUAAUGUACUUUGGACCAUUACCUUAAGGUUUCCGUAACAUAAAUGUUACCCGGUUAUGUGACAUUUUACUUUACCCAAGUCAUUUUAUUUUAGUCGCUGCACACAAAAACGAAACUUUCUUUUGUUAAUAGAUUUUUUUGCCUUCUUUAGGUAGAUAAAGCUCAUCCAGAUGUUUUGACGGUCAUGUUGCAGUUAUUUGAUGAGGUAAAGUACUUGUGUGUUGCCGUCGCGCUGUUUCCUUAGACAAGAAACUUUGCUCCACUUUGUCUCUCUUCAUCUAGGUCUCAGUUAUACAAAGGCUGGAUAGCAAAUCUUUUUCCAGUCGAUAAGUGUUAGGGAAACCAAUAUUGCGCUAUCCAGCUGUGAAUAGAGAUUUAUCCAAUGGACAGCGUUAGCCACCUUUUUAACAACUUAGGCCAGGAUAGAUUUUGUUGGCCACACCAUUUGGCGCUGGCCGGCACAGGUUUGUAAGAACGCGAGGUAUUUGUGUCUUGUAGGUUAUACACUAGGCCUUGAAAAGUGGCUAUAAAUGAUAUCGCUUUAUUAAAAGAAUAAAGUAAAGUGAUUUACUAGAUAGUUCGCAGGACAUUAGUAUGCCGGCAUUUUGUUUAUGCUGCUGUUUUAGGGCCGUUUAACAGAUGGUCAGGGAAAAACCAUUGUUUGCAAAGAUGCGAUCUUCGUGAUGACGUCAAAUCUUGCAAGUGAAGAAAUAGCCAAUCAUGCGCUAGAACUGAGAAGAGAGGCAAAAGAAGCCGCUGAACAUAGGGAAGAAGGUGAGAGAUGCACAAAGGGAAGUUUUUGAGUUUUUCUAAUUGUUAGAGCGAUUUUCGUAUGACCUUGAAAAAUGGUUUCGCAGUUCACAUCAUCUUCAAAACUUAUUUUCAUAAGAGAGGUUUUACUCGUAGCCUCGUUUUGAAAGUGAGAGUUUUUGGAAUUUGUAAAUAGCUUAUUUUAAUGAGCAGUUUUUCCAGCUUUACUGCACAUUUGCUUUUUUUACUCGUCUGUUAUAAUUAGAUGGCGAAAUAAGCGAGAAGGUGACCAUAUCAAGAAAGUUCAAAGAGAGGGUGGUGCAGCCAAUCCUCAAGGUAAGCGAGGAAUAGUUGACGACCGUGCAUUUUUCAGUCUUUGUAAGCGUAGCCCCCCACGGAGGUGAUUUUAGGGGACACCGUAAAAAUCACCUGCGUGGGAGACUAGUGUUCGCACUGCAUUUUCUUCCGUUUUGUUUCUCUCUGUGUUUAUUGUAUGCUACUAACAAAACAUUAUGUCAACAACACGAGGAAACACACCCAUUUAUGCGGCAGUUUAUAAUUCAUUGAAAUCUAACGUGUGAAACGUCACGUUUAUUCUUGUCUCCUAACGCCCCUAUUUGGUGUAGUUUUUACGGUUUUUUCAAAUUUUGAUGAGGAUCAUUUGGCGAAAAUCCGUCGACUUCGCUGAAAAGAGUACCUUAAAAUUAAAUUUCCCAAGUUUAAAAGUGAAACGUCUAGAGAGAGGGAAACUAUAGCUCCCCCAAAGUCGCGAAUCUUCCCGACGUUGAGGGCUCCAACAAGUGUCUAUAAAAUUUGGCGGCUUUUUGGAUUGUCUUUGUUCUUUUUCAACAAACCGCUCUCAAACUUGGCAAUUUUUACUAUUUUUUAGGCCCUCUUAUUGAUUUUCAGUAACUGGUCCAUGUCCAAAGAUGCAAUGCGCUGAAGCCCGAAGGGGCUUAUUAGCGGUGGGGCUUGUUUUCAAAACGUGACGCUACGGGAUUGUGGAUGUCGUAAAGUCAACAUAUUUGCCUAUAGCAAAAACCCUGAUCAUGCCUAAAAUAAGAUUAUUAUUUUAAGAAAAAAGUUUAAGAUUUCGCCAGAAAGUAAGGAAACGUCUUCUUCCCUUUGACAGCUUCACUUCAGACGAGAUGAAUUCCUUGGACGCAUCAACGAGAUGGUGUACUUUCUUCCCUUCUCGCGCUCAGAGCUCAUCACCUUGGUUACAAGAGAACUCAACUUCUGGGCAAAAAUGGUUUGUAAAUCUCUCUUCACUAUAAUUCCUCGGAUAUCCUCUUGGUGCUCUCAUGCUUUCCUUUGCUUAUGGUUUUGCUCUUUGUUAGCCUGAGAAAACAACCGACAUUUCGCGACGUCGGCCCCACUGGUUUCCCCGCGAAAUGGGGUCCGGGCGGCUGAGGAACGAGCGCAGAAAUUCCAUACUGAUGACAUUCCACCACUCAGAUAUGGACAGUGCUUUUGAUUGGUCGCGCUGCGAGGGAAAUUGGCUUGAACCAAUCAGAAGAACUGCCCAUAUCUGGGUAGUGACACGUCAUUAGCAUGGAAUCUCUGUGUUCGUGACGUCGCGGGAAUGUCGGCUUUUUUCUCAGGGUAGCAGUUUGUUCUUUGGUUUGUUUCUGCGAAAGUUUUCUUGGAGGUUUCUUUUAGGCCUUUUCCUUUGUGAGCUAAAUGUCCAAAAACGUCAGAAUCCUUUAGUAAGUUUUUAAGUGACAUUUUUUUAUUAUCCUUUUUUGAUCCAGGCUUUAAACCGUCACGAUAUUCACAUGUCAUGGGACAGGGAAGUCUUGGAUGUGCUGGCGGAUGGAUAUGAUGUACAUUACGGAGCUCGAUCGAUUAAGCACGAGGUAAGAUUGAUUUACCCUCUCAGGGUAGAGGAUUUGUUCGUUUUGCAAACAAAUAAGGAUCUGGCCACCAUUGCAACCAGGCAAUCCCAACACGCACCAGCUAUAAAAUAACCUUAUAAGAAGGCGAGGCAGUCGGUGAAACGAGUGCUUAUCACAGCUAAGGUCAGCGUAAAAUGCAGAGAAAUAAACAACUCAGUGCUAAGCGCGAGAAAACACUUUUCGUAAUCUAAAUCACGAUUGGAUCGAAUCACGGCAAACUCUUACAGCAGAUGACUAAAACAGUCUAGUAUAAAUUCUUUGAGAGAUCGCCGAUGGUCAUGCAAAACUGAUGUUUCUCUCAUUCAUUUGUUCUAGGUCGAGAGAAGAGUCGUCAAUCAGUUAGCUGCUGCGCAUGAGCGAGAGUUGAUAAGCCCCGGAUGCUCCCUGCACAUAACUGUGGGCCACCCCAAAGGCGAAGGUGGACGGAGUUUUGGAGAAGAUUUAGCACCGAUAAUAAAACUGCAGCUCAUAAAAGAAGGAAAGAAAAAAGUCGAUAUUGACGUUGGAGACGUGUUUGUCCCCGAAGACAAGCUGUUCUUUUAA